AUGCGGCUCCCACCGCCUGGGCCGAUCAGGGAGAAACUCCGGGGAAAGAGACUUCUGGGGGAACUCGUCGAGACACUCACCAGCCCGGUGUGCAAGCUCCUCCCCAACUCGCCGGGAUGUGCUAAGUCGGAGCCGGACCCGGCUCCGACACCCGACCCGACACCACCGCCGCCAGCUCCGGCACCUGCGCCUGAUACACCCCCGCCGGCACAGGACCCACCUGCCGCGGUCCCUCAGCCUACGAACCCGCCGGAGACCACUAAUCCCCCGGCCACUCAACAACCUCCACCUGCGGAGGGGACGGGGGGCAAUGGCUCUGGAAACUCGGGUUCGGGGUCAAACGAUGGAUCCUCGGGCUCGGGCUCGGGAUCUUCCGGCUCUGGCUCGUCAGACGCUGGCUCUUCGGGGUCCGGCUCUAGCGGUUCCGGUUCUAACGGCUCAAACGGUUCAGGCUCCAAUGGCUCCGGGUCUACAGGCUCUGGCUCCAAUGGUUCUGGGUCUACGGGCUCCGGAUCCGGUUCGUCCGGGUCGGGUACGAACAGCGGGUCGGGUUCCGGUAGUGGAAGCGAAUCGGGAGGAACAACCGGAAAUGACAGUAAUGGGGGGACCAGCAGCGGUGGUGGCACGACCGGAGGGGGCAGCAACAGCAGCAGUGGUGCUGGAAGUGGAAGUGGCGGAUCGCAGAGCUCGGGCAAUACGCCGCCGGCAACCAACGGGCAGGGUACGGGGUCGCACUCCACGCCUGGCACCACCGAUCAGGGCGGUAUUGUGGUAGAUGGUGCUGGUGUGCCGGUUGUCACGCAAAAGGGAAAUGACGCCAAUGGUAACCCGGCUCCUGCCGGUUCAACGACGACAUCGGGAGAAACCGGAUCGGGCUCGUUUACGGGCGACGGCUUUUCUCACACUGACUUUGGGGAUUUGGCCGCCGGCUCCGGGGCGUCGUAUGGGAGUGGGAACAGCAAUGGCAACACCGAAAACGGAGGGUUUGGCGGGGUUGGUAACGGCGACAAGAACAACAACUCGGAUUCCGGUUCGCACCCAAGCUCCCUCCCUGGUGUUAUUGGUGGUGUUGUUGCCGUCCUGGUUCUUCUUCUUGUCCUCCUGGCUCUGCUGCUUUACAGAUACCGACGCACGCCUCGCGUUCAAGCUUUCCUUACCAAGUACACGCCCUUCAAGUCCACUCCCUACUCAGAGAACGACAAGAAGCGGUCAUCAAUGGGCGCCGGUCUGCUGUUUACUGACGGCUGCCACGGCGAUGCCCUCAUGACGGAGAACAACCGGGGCACGGUCGGUUACGGCACUAUGCAGCCUUCUCCCGUGGCACACCCCGGCCCCACGGUUGCCCGCCCCGAGCGCGCCGACGGCCCUCCCGAACUCGUCGUCGCACUCCCGCCCAGACGCCCUGGCAGUCCCACUAGCCCGUUCGAGGUCUCGCCACUGUCGUCUACCUUCCCUCAGAGCCCGCCACGAGCAGUAGCGCCUCGCCGGACUAGUCAAGAUUCUCUCGGCGGUAUCAGCAUUGCUAGCAGUGGUGUGUUUUCACCGUCUCUGCUGUCGUGGCCCGCUCCGCCGUCCGGUGCCCCCAGUGUCAUGACUUCGCCCCCCGCUAGCGCCCAUGGAAACCUCAACGAUCUCGCGGCCAAGUAUAAGCCAAUGACACCCACACAGCCGACGGCGCCUUCGCAUACUUUCCCGCCCCCGUCGCCUGUGAGCCCGUCGAACUGGCAGAAACCAUCGGGCUGGGACUAA